UGAUGGCCGCUGGCCGUCGAGGCCAAGAGGGGGCUGCCAAAUCGAUGAAGGACGCCGUGCAGUCGAAGAAGAGAAAGAGGAAGGCAACGACACCAGCUCCUCCUCCGCCGAAGAAGGGCAAAGUCCUUCGACAGACUUCCAUGAUAGAGACCUUCGAUCCGGCGUGGCAACGAGAGUUUUCGAACGAGUUCCUGCAGUGGUGGUACGUGAGCGGGAUUCCAUUCGAGGCAGCGAGGAGGCCGGAGWACCAGCGAGUGMGGAAGCGGUUGCUCGAGUGUCCGYCGUAUACACAUCCURCGUUGCCCACGCACCGUCUCAUUUYCGGCGACGGUAUUCCACAGCAGCAGYGAGUUGUGGCGGAGAUGGUGGCGGYCAUCCGCAAGGAYAUUGCGGCGACGGGAGCGACCAUCCUCACGGAUGGUCGCAAGUCCAUCACUAGCGACCAGAUCGUCAACUUCCUUGCCGCUGGGCCCACGGGAGCCUACCUUUUCAKGAYUGUGCAGCCCGACGGUGYUGUCCAGGAGACAGCCGAGGUGGUGGUGGAGCGAUGGAAGGAYGUGUUCGACAACUUCGGUGUCGAAAACGUCAACGYCAUUUGCACGGMUUCUGCGUCCGCGUAUGUGGCUGCAUCCAAGCUCCUAGCGAAGGAGGAGGUUAAGUACAGUCGCAUUACUUGGCUUYCGUGUGCGGUCCAUGUCUGCAACUUGUUGUUGUCAGACAUUGCGAAGGACGGCACACCCGGGAAGCUUGGGAAGAGGGAGGACACCAUCAUCAGGGCUCGAGCAGUCGUGCGGUUCAUCAGAGAGCACGGGGCGGCUCUCAGCCUUUACCGACGGUUCUCUGCCGCCCACCCCUCUUCCGCCUCCGCAGCUGCGGCCAGUUCCAGCGCUGCGCCAUCCUCGUCUCAGUGGCGAGGCAGAGAGCUUGUGUACACCGCACAGACGAGGUUUGCUACCCACUACUUGAUGCUCGAGAGGUUGUUGGAUCGUCGCCGAGCGUUGGAGGCGUUGAUGAUGAGCGACGACUGGUUGCGGACUGCAUGGAGGAGGUCCAUUUUCUUGCAGGCCAGGUGGGUGCGUCAUCAGGUGCGGUACGCGCCAUUUUGGGAGCACGUGGAGGACAUCGUGGAGCUCAUGACGCCUGUGAUGCAGCUGUUACGCCGUCUGGACAGAGGGGGGCGCGUGAUGACUCGCAUGUGGUCGUGGGCACUUGCCAUGGUYGAYAGGGUGGCRAGGGCGAGACUGGACAGRACGYCGAGGGAGGAGCUCAACAUCGUUGUUCAGGCUUGUCAGGCGCGGGCCGAUCAUAUGUUGGAGCCYGCACAUUGCAUCGCCCACCUCCUCAACCCUCGCCACAKGAGCAUCACGUUUUUUGGAGCGGCRAGGCGCAYSGCGCACRAUAAGACCCUCRCGGACGAGUCGCUGCGAUACCUUCGCCAGCAGACUKGSGGAGAUGAGGACUUGUAUCARAYGCUGCGCACACAGUUGGMUGAGYUUCUUAGCCGGGAGGGCGAUUGGAYGUACGGAGGGGUUGAGGGUGACAGAGACGCGGCCUCCUGCAGAGGGGAGAMGGAGACGUCRCAGGUGGGGCAGUGGUGGGUUCAGCACGGGGACGGGGUCCCUCUCCUUCAGACUUACGCCAUUCGCCURACACACACAUGGACGUGCGCCUCUCCAGCGGAGAGGAACUGGGCYGUCCAUGARCGUGUUCAGSUGAAGAAGCGUAACCARCUUGGUUUUAUCAAGCUGGCUCGUUUGGUGGAGAUAUCCACCAACUUGAGAUUGAGUCGUUGUCAGGGGAGGGGUUCAGGGUACGUUCCGCCAUGGGAGGACGCUGAGGAGGAGACAGAGGACAACAUUCCUCCGCCUCGUGGCGAGGGUGUUCGGCCAGCUGGCCGAGUCACGGAGGCACAACGCGAGCAGCAGGUGCAGCGCGGGCGGAAGGAUCGCCUUUCCAAGGCUCCGCCCAGCGUCGAGACAUAUUUUGGUCGUCGCGCCACGGUGCUCAUGCCGACUGAGUUGCACGCCAUGUACGAUCCCCAGCCGGAUCCUAUGGCUCAGGACCCGAUGGAGGCGGAGCCGUGGUCCGAUCCAGACGACCUGGCAGUGGAGUCUGAGCCCGGAGAUUCUGAUGAUGGUGGYGACGAUGUUUCUCUCGCCGAGAUGUUGCGUCCUCGGACGCGUGCUUCCACUGCAUCYGYUGYGCAGCAUCCUCCUCCCCCUCCACCUCCGCCCCCGAGUGCGCGUCCUUCCACUGCAUCYGCUGCGCAACAUCCACCUCCCCCUCCACCUCCGCCCYCGAGUGCGCGURCUUCCAYUGCAGCCGCUGCGCAGCAUCCCCCUCCACCUCCACCUCCGCCUUSGAGUGGUCGUGCUCCCACUGGAGCCRCUGCGWAGCAUCCCCCUCUACCUACAGAUCGUCCAGGACAUGGCGAGCAGGGGACUCGCGAGAUUGUUGAYGAGCGAGACGACGACGACGACGAUGAUAGAGAGGGGUACGAGGGCAGCAKUGAGGACGAGGAUGAUCGCGCCUAUUCCCCGAGACGCGGACGUGGUGACGACGACGACGACRACGACGAGGGCGGCGAUGGUACACAGGCUGCWGGUGGUUUGCGGAGGUCGUAUCGACAUCGUGCCGACCGAUGCAGUGGUGCWGGCAAGGGAGACAGCGGUGCAGGCAGGGGUGUGGGGGGCGCAGGACACACAGGGGGUGCGGGCCGUGGUGACGGAGGACGGGCGAGGCGAGAGUYUGCAUCCUCCACUCGCACUGUGCACUGGGUUGAUGAGGGUGCCRCGACAGGAGAGGUUGGCGACGGGUCGGCAGAGUUUGCUGCUGCGUCGGCAGAGGCCRCUGCAGAGGCYGCUCCCUCCGCUGGAGAGUUCGCAGCGGCGUCUGAGGAGGUCGCAGGGGGCUUUGCARAGGUUGCUGGCGAGGCUGCGCAGGUUGGGAGGGCUUCUGYGCAGUUGGGUGUCAGUUUYAGUGGUAUUCUUGAUGUUUCGUUGGGGCUUCCUCCGACACCGGCAGGCRAGCRUGGCAGUGGUGACGCAGCGGCUAYGCCCGUCAGUCAGAUACUCCRGGAUGUACCUUCAUGCARCAUGGGUGACAUCAGUAGCARCAUGUUGCAGGAGGCMGCAGUGGGGACACAGGGUUCGUCGGGGCAGGAGGAGUUUGCAGCAGGGGACGGUGGGGAUUGUCGACCUGAGCAGGAGYGAGCGCCAGAGUUGSAGCARRACAGGAUYGACCGCGAGGAGARGGAGAGRGCGCACGACUUGACUAGCCGUUGCGAGAUGACACAGAGUAUUGCGUCGAGGGCACGGGCAGAGCGGAUGCUCGAGACGGGCGGUGGUGAGGGUCAUCGUGCGACCGACGAUGCAGUGCUUGAGUGUGGAGGCRCGGGCGCCGGGGAUGCAGGCGAGAGASCCGCGUCGCUGGUUCAGGGUGUUUGUAUAUUGCCUAUCGGUGGAGCCAUGACGGCGGGGGAGUUGGAGCGGCAGGCAGGAGUCGUUUUGGAGUCCGGUACCGAUGAUUUGGAGAUGCCUCGUGGCCAGCGGAGGAGGGCUUCCAUGUACGACCUUCUUCGAGCACAGCACGGGGUUGACGCGGCGCCACAGGGGGGGGUUCAUGCUCCGGAUACUGUGCACGGGCCGGUAGGCGGCACAGGUGGCGGCGGCGGUGUCAGAGGUGCGGUGCCUCAGAGGAGGAAGGACAUUGCGGACGACGAUGGUGUUUAGGCUCAGACCAAGAAGGUGAGGGUUGCCAACUCGUUCAAAUGCGAAAUGCGCAAUCCGAUGAAGGCCAGCCCGUACUCCGACAAGCCGUGCGACAACAAUCUGUACGUCAGCGAUUCCGACGUCGCGUCCCGAACGUUCAACCAGGGAUUCCGAAUCAUUGACAUGUUCCUCGGCAACUGCAUCAAGAUCUACAUCGGCUCCGCACAGUACAAGGAUGGCAGCAACUACAAUCGCGGCAAAUCCAACUCGAAGUCGUGUGYCAUGGUGGAGACCGACGAUCACUUCAUCUGAGAGAGAACGACAAGUCUCGCCUUGUGCGCUCAGGCAAAGCGUUCUUCGUUCACGCGCCUGGUAAUAUCCUGCCCGCCCAAGAAGAGC